AAACUUCUGUCCAAUUUUUGUCAACACCCUCUAACCAUAAUUUAAAAUUAUUCUAAUCCAUCAAAAAGUAACAACAUUGAAUUAAAUAAAUAUAAAGUAAAAUAUUAAAUUAAAAUAAUUAACAAAAUUGCCAUAGAUAAAAAUUAAAUCUCCCCCCACUUUCUUACAUGUGACCACACUCCAUUGCCAACUUGGUUCUUCUCCCCCUUCCCCUUCCCUCUACUUUCUCUCUCCUAUUUCUUACUCCGCCGCAACCAUCGCCGGAAAACGCUAAAAAUCGUCGGAAAACGCUGAAUCCACCGGAAACGCCUAUGUGAUCAGAUUUUGUUAAAGUAAAGAAACCCACAAAUUUCAAAAAAAAAAAAAAAAAAGGUGAACCCCAAAAAAAGUAAAGGAAUGUCAUAACCCAGUUCUGAAUUUAGCCCCUUUUUUUUGUUAAUUUUUCUCAGAAACGAAAAACAGGGGAAGUUUAGAGAGAGAAAGCUUGAGAGAUGGGAGGGGUGACGUCAUCAAUGGCGGCUAAAUUCGCGUUUUUCCCACCAAACCCACCUUCAUACAGAGUCGUUAAAGAUGAAUUAACAGGUUUACAGCUUCUAGAACCUUACCCACACAGGGAAAACGUCGACGUUUUGAAGAUCCAAACAAGAAGAGGAACUGAGAUCGUUGCUGUUUAUGUGAGGUAUCCAAUGGCUACUUCUACUGUGCUUUACUCUCAUGGAAAUGCUGCUGAUAUUGGUCAGAUGUAUGAGCUUUUCAUUGAGUUGAGCAUUCAUUUGAAGGUCAAUAUUAUGGGGUAUGAUUACUCUGGGUAUGGGCAAUCAACUGGAAAGCCCACUGAAAACAACACAUAUGCGGACAUUGAAGCUGCUUAUAAGUGUCUUGAAGAGAACUAUGGUGCUAAGCAGGAAGAUAUCAUUCUUUAUGGUCAAUCUGUUGGUAGUGGUCCCACUUUGGAUCUUGCCUCUCGUUUACCUCGACUAAGAGCUGUUGUACUGCAUAGUCCUAUCCUCUCAGGCUUGAGAGUCAUGUAUCCUGUUAAGCGCACUUAUUGGUUUGACAUCUACAAGAAUAUCGAUAAAAUCCCAUUGGUGAAGUGUCCUGUUCUGGUAAUUCAUGGGACGGCUGAUGAUGUUGUUGAUUUCUCACAUGGUAAAACAUUGUGGGAAAUGUCCCCAGAAAAAUAUGAACCCUUGUGGCUAAAAGGGGGAAGUCAUUGUGACUUGGAACUUUACCCUGAGUAUAUUAGACAUCUCAAGAAAUUUGUAUCCAUGAUGGAGAAACCUCCUUCCCAAAGGCACAACAUCUCACGCAAAAGUGUUGACAGGCCUGAAAAUUCUCGAAAGAGCACUGACUGUUAUGAUGCUCCAAGAAAAAGCACUGACCGGAGAGAAAAACCAAGGAAAAGCACUGACCGGCCAGAAAAACCAAGGAAAAGCACUGACCGGCCAGAAAUGAUGAAAAUACAUGAGUACAAGGCCAGCAGCGUCAAUAAGCUUGAAAAAUUGAACAUUCCUUUUGAGCAGCUGGAGAGGUCCCGAAGAAGUGUAGAAUAUCAUGACAGGUCUCGAAAAAGCAUUGAUUUACAGUUUGAGAAGGGUCGACGUAGUGUGGAUUGGGUGGAUAGAAUUAGAGCCGUCUGAAGGUUUUCAGAUCACUGUAAAGUAAGUGGAAACAAUCAAGUUCUUGUGAAGGGAGGGGGGGCAUAAGAAAUACAGAUAAGUGAAUAGAACAAGCAAACUGGGGUAAAGAAAACGGCGAUUCAUUUCAUUGGAUGGUAUAACUUAUGGCUUUGGGAGUUGGUGUUUUAGAUCUUUGAUUUUCAUUCCAUGAGAAGUUUCUCUUUGGAACUUCAGAUUUGAUUUAGGAGUAAAUGUUCAAACUUCAUAGAUGUUUCAAAUGGAUAAGUUCUAACAUGUAGUACUUUACAUCAUUCUAAGGAAAAAAAUAUGUUCAUUUCGAAAGUCGAGGGUGUAGCAGUUAUUUGACUAUCAUGUUCUUGAAUUUUACUAUGCUUUUUUGGUACAUAGUAAAGCAUUGUUCUUACCUUUUGA